CCUUUCCAUGGCCGGGGCCAUGCCAACUGGGUGAUUCCAGCUGUGCCCCGGGCGGCGGGCGCCGGAAGCAGUGGUGGGCGGCGGGCCCCUAUCCGGCCAGGGUCCCCGCCGCCACUCCCUGCGACCCGACCGGGCCUUCCCGGGAGUCCCCCUGGGCUGGGAGCUCCCCUCCAGGCGUCGGGACCUCGUCGCCCAAGAGCGAACAGGGGCCGCGCCCGAGACACUAGCAUCCGAAUUUGAAUCAGCUUUUACACUUUUUAGGGACGUGUCACUCUUGCCGUUCCUCAAGUGCUCUCUUUACACACAUCGCUUUUCUUAUAGGCCCCAUGUGGGUGGAUUCUCUACGAGAAGGUUUAGAGAGAAAUCACUGGUCCCACAGUGAAAUGAACGUUUCUCUGGGAAGGGUCCAUCAAAGGAAACCCGAAGGGUCAAUUCUCUGGUAGACGUGGUGGAAGGUUUUGGGUCAGUCAGGGAAGGGCUGGCCAGCUGUGAGGCUGGAGCAGAUUAACGGGUGGGUCCAGAGCCAAAAACAGCACAGUUCCUGGAUGCUCUCCAGCAACGGUUAGGUGCCUAGACUCUGGGAAAUAGAGUCCCCCUAGGAAUGACUCCUGACAAGCAAUAAACUUUAAUUGAGUGCUUCCUCUGUGCCGGGCAUGCUGCUAUUCGCUUCCCAUGCAAUUGGAUCCACGCAGAACAUUUUAUAAAGUAGAUGCUAUGAUUAUCUUCUGUUACAGAAGAGGCACUGGGUGUCAGGGUCACACAGCUAGCAGGUUAUCAUACCUAAAUCGAUCUGCUAAAGUCGGGCUACCAUCAUGGUAAAGGCGGAUACAAGGACAGAGUGCUGAUUUAGGUUGACUGGGUAGGAAGAGAGUCAUGAGUACUUUUUUUCCCUUGAAUCCCCUCCAGAGAAGAGGACAACUACAGCAGCUGUCUCAGCACAUGCAGAGAGAGAGGACCCAAGGCACAUGGGCAGCUGUAGGUGGCUCCCUCCCACCCCAACAAUUUCAGAGAGAAACAAGUCGGAAUCUGAGAAGUGAGGCUCCAGAUAAACUGUAAACUGCUGGAAGGGGGCAAUGGCUGUGGCCCUGGGUUGUGCAAUCCAGGCAUCCUUGAAUCAAGGCUCUGUGUUUCAAGAGUAUGAUACUGACUGUGAAGUUUUCCGUCAGCGCUUCAGGCAGUUCCAGUACAGAGAAGCAGCUGGGCCUCAUGAAGCAUUUAACAAACUCUGGGAGCUUUGCUGUCAAUGGCUGAAGCCAAAGAUGCGCUCUAAAGAGCAAAUCCUGGAGCUGCUAGUGUUGGAGCAAUUCCUAACAAUCUUGCCCACAGAGAUAGAGACCUGGGUGAGGGAGCACUGCCCAGAGAAUAGAGAAAGAGUUGUGUCACUGAUAGAAGACUUACAGAGAGAACUUGAGAUACCAGAGCAGCAGGUUGAUAUGCAUGACAUGCUCUUGGAAGAAUUGGCACCAGUGGGAACGGCACACAUACCACCAACCAUGCACCUAGAGUCACCUGCACUCCAGGUAAUGGGACCUGUCCAGGAGGCCCCAGUAGCAGAGGCAUGGAUCCCACAGGCAGGGCCACCGGAGCUGAACUAUGGUGCUACUGGAGAAUGUCAGACCUUUCUGGACCCUGGAUAUCCAUUACCAAAACUUGACAUGAACUUCUCAUUGGAGAAUAGAGAAGAGCCAUGGGUGAAGGAAUUACAGGAUUCUAAAGAAAUGAAACAAUUACUUGAUUCCAAGAUAGGUUUUGAGAUCGGGAUAGAAAAUGAAGAAGAUACUUCAAAACAGAAAAAAAUGGAGACUAUGUAUCCAUUUAUUGUAACUUUAGAGGGGAAUGCUCUCCAGGGUCCCAUUUUGCAAAAAGACUAUGUACAGUUAGAAAAUCAAUGGGAAACCCCCCCAGAGGAUUUACAGACAGAUUUAGCAAAACUGGUAGAUCAGCAGAACCCCACUCUGAGAGAGACACCUGAGAACUCCAACUUGGAAGAACCUCUCAACCCUAAACCCCAUAAGAAAAAGAGUCCAGGAGAGAAACCUCACCGAUGUCCUCAGUGUGGAAAAUGUUUUGCUCGGAAGUCACAACUUACUGGGCAUCAGAGAAUUCAUUCAGGAGAAGAACCUCACAAAUGCCCUGAAUGUGGGAAAAGAUUCCUUCGUAGUUCAGACCUUUAUAGACACCAACGACUUCAUACAGGGGAGAGACCCUAUGAAUGCACUGUAUGUAAAAAGCGAUUCACUCGGCGGUCACAUCUUAUAGGGCACCAGAGAACCCAUUCUGAAGAAGAAACAUAUAAAUGUCUUGAGUGUGGGAAAAGUUUUUGUCAUGGAUCAAGUCUUAAAAGACAUCUGAAAACUCAUACAGGUGAAAAACCUCAUAGAUGUCAUAAUUGUGGGAAAAGUUUUAGUCGACUGACAGCUCUUACUUUGCACCAGAGAACGCAUACUGAAGAGAGACCUUUUAAAUGUAAUUAUUGUGGGAAAAGUUUUAGACAGAGACCAAGCCUCGUUAUUCAUUUAAGAAUCCACACAGGGGAGAAGCCAUACAAGUGUACUCAUUGUUCUAAAAGCUUCAGACAGAGAGCCGGCCUUAUUAUGCACCAGGUCACUCACUUUAGAGGACUUAUUUAAGAAUUGCUAAGGGAAACAGGUCCUACACAAAUUGACACUAACUCAAAAAAAAAUCUUAUCCUGCAGCAGGCUGUUUGUCUUGGAAGCUUUUGUUUGAGCUUAUAAGAACAUAGACAGCUUUUUUUUUUUUUUACUAGUUUUAAAACCCAUCUUCCAAGGUAUAUGAAUUCUAGAGUAUUUAUCUACUCCUGUGAUUUUCUUAGAUUUGAUUUCUUCUGUCUGCACAACUCUUCUUUUUUUAAUUACAAUGAAAAAUUUUGUGUUCCAAGGCAACUGUAUCAUAGGUGUAAACAUAAAGCAUAUAAAUUAUGACAAUCCUUUUAGAGGUAGGGUCAAUAUAGUGGAUAAACAUGUCUAUCAGACGUAUUGAUUAUAGCAGUACUAUAGUUAUUCUGCUGUCAUUAUUAAAGAUGAUUAUAUUCAUUCAAAGCUUUAGAUGUGUCCCAUGUGGCAAGAAAGGAGACAGUGAAUUUUGUCAAACAAUAAAAAUGUGUCAGGAACACAAGGAUGAAGGGGAUGUCAUUUGCCUGGUAAGAACUGGGUUAUUUCCACUGAAAUUUUUUAUGUUUAAGGAAAUUAAGAUUUUAACCUUUACUUUUGAAUUUUGCAAAGUUUGCUAGUCUGCUUAGUCAGCAGUCUGUGGUAAUGCUGCUAAAAGCAGAGUAUUAAUUUGGUAAUUUAUUUUGUUCACAGAAUAAGUAAGCUCUAUGUCUGGAAGAAUGCAUUUGGCAAUUGAAAUUAUACAAGCAGAAUCUAAUUUAAUUUUGAUUGACUGAAAAACCAGGGUCUUUUGCUCUCCUUUGGUAUUUCACUCUCCUUUGGUAUUCAAUCAUGUGUCUUUCAGUGCUUUUUAAAAUUUUACCCAUUCUUUAAUUCAGCGUCUCCCUAUGUAUGUGUCAUAGAAUACUUAGUUCUGCUAGAUAUUCUGCAAAUAUAUUUGGGAAUUACUUCCUGCUGUUUCACCUCUUAGAUUCAUAGUGCACAUCAGCAUAUGAGAAUCUCUGAGAGGUCCUCUAGAAAGGAGAGAAAAAGUACCCCUUUUGGCUCAAUGUUUUCCAAACUUAUUUGACCCCAAAACCUUUUUCAUAUACCCAAUAAUAAGCUACAGAACUAAUAUUCCUCAAAUGUCUCUUGGAACACACUGCCUUAAACAGAUAUUUCUAUAGCUGUCAGUAUAGUUAUGUUGCUCCCAAGCCUAGUUAUCUCCAGUUGUUUUAAGGAUGUUAUGAAAAAUUCUUAAAAUAUAUAUCAAUUUGUGUAACACACACAGAGACACACACACAUACUACUUUAAGGGGGUGAGGGUCAUUAAUUCAGAUAAUUUUUAAGUUGCCUCGUGAUUCUCAAUCUCUUUGAAUUUUACUUACAUUUACACACACACACACACACACACAUGUAUAUACACACAUCAUUUUAAGAAGAUGAGGAUCACUAAUUCAGAUAAUGUAUAAGUUGCCCAGUGAUUCUCAACCUUUGAAUUUUACUUAUAAUUACAUACACACACACACACACACACACACACAUUGCUACUUAUAUAAAUGUUCUCAUGUAAUCAUGGUAACAGCUCAAAUUCCCAAAGCAAGGGACUUCUCAUUGUCAAUUAAACCUGUUAAAACAUGAAAAUAUUCAUUGAGCCUAGUUCCUUGUUAUAAAAUAGAAGAAAUAGGACUUUCAAGCAUUUUCCCUUUACGAAGAUAUUCAGUCAUCCUUUCCUUAAACUACAGUUAGGGAAAGUAUAUCUCUUCUAUUCCAUUGAAGUUCUCGAAAGUGAUAUAAAUACUUUGGGGGUAUCUACUAUGUGCCUAACUAGUCCUGUUCUAGGCUUAGUGGAAGCUAGUAAAGAAAUAUAAUUCAUGGAUCAGGCUCAUAAAGAUUUUAUAAUAUUUUUAGUUAAACAAGAGUUGGGAAACAGGUGGAGAAUAAUGCAAGAGAGUUUGUAAUUAAGUGCCAAUUAUACCAAUUGCUAGACCCAGGAUGUAUCUUUAAUUCUUGUCAUCCAGGUCAACGUAUGAUGCUGCUAUAAGUCUGGGGCUCAAACUGAUAUCCCAGUAGCAAUAAAUGUAUAAUAUGGGAGGAGUCUGAAUGUAGAAAUGAAAAAUACAGAAUGUAAUGGCUUCUCUUUUCUCUCUUGUGGAAUUGCAUUCAAACCAGAACAGUGCCUUAGAAUGGAUGUGCCCAACUGCUCUGUAUUUAUGCAAUAUUUGAAUAAAGCGGAAAUGUAUGUGCUC